AGCUAAUCGAGCCGACGACGCACAUCGCAGCCCGGUCGCCAGUGACGGACUCGUCGAAGAUUGCUGCACGUGGUAACAGCACUGCACGACCGCCCCAAGGCACCGCAUCACUUUCGGCGCGCACCAUGGGCCACAGCCUGAGUUGAGAGGGGAACAAUGCUGCGGCUGCGGACGCUGCUGCUCAUCGCGGCGGCCGCCACGGCGACGACGACGACAACAACAACGACGGCCGGCCCCCACGACGGACGGACGGACGGCCCGACCCCCAGCAAGGCCCUCACGGCCCCCGCGACGUCGGCCGCCGUCUCCGCGGGCCCGCCCCGGACGGACGUCGCGCCGCCCGGACGAACGCGGGUGCGCAUGGUCGUGUCCGGCCGCGACCGGCACACGCAGUUCUGCAUUGGGGAGUUGGUGUUUCUGGACUCCUCAGGUAGAGAAGUAGCAGCUUCAAAAGCCACGGCGAGCGCGCCGCGCGCCCAGAAGGGCUUCGAGCCCAAACUACUCAGCGACGGCCGCCUGCACCACGACUUUUGCAGCGCCGAGCCGACGGGCUGGGUGUCGUUGGAUCUUGAGGUGCCCCUACGCGAGUUAGCCGCGUAUAGAAUAGGAUCGGACUGUGGGGAAGACACGCCGACGGACUGGACCCUGGAAGCCUGCGACAGCUGCGUCCACUCGGAUGAGGAAACGUGGGAAACGUUGGACGUGCGCACAGCAGAACCGUGGCGAAGUGGGUGUGACGGCGAGUGGCGCGACUAUUCGAUACAGAGGUGGAGAGUAUUGAGAAUAUCAUCAGGAGUGCAGGACUGGUGCUUGGAUGCUUUGAGAUUGAAUGGGGAAGAAAACAAACCGCUACGAAUUAAUAGCGCGAGGCCGGUCGCCGCGCCGGGCGCCACCGAAGCGUCAGGCGCGCGCGACUUCGCCCAGCGCGCCUCCACGAUAUCAAGGCUGGUGGGCAUCGGCGGCCCGCCCUCGGACAACGGGCAGCCGUGGUGCGGGACCGUGACGAUCUGUGUGGAAAUCAGAUUUUGGGCGCCCGCCAUCGACGCGAUGCUGUACCUAUAAAUGCGUCUGCUCGAUGGCGUAGAGUUCACGCCAUCGACGCGACGUUGUCCCCUUGGCCGCGUCGGCUCGAUGGCGUGGAGGUGCACGAAGGUCUCCGCAAUAUUUCUCAGGAUAACCUAACUCACUGGUUGAUUCGACACAGGUCACGAUGGGCGCCUUCGAGCCAAGUAUGGCGACGUUCUGCGCGGACCUCGUGCAUGAGAAGAGGAGCUGUGGUAGCUCAAGAGUCCUUGGUAAACGGGACACGGCCUCGGCCUGCGCGCGCUCUGUGCACCUUGAUGAUGAAUGUAGCGGUCAGCGCUUCGAGUUCGAUUCUGAUAGUUCACACUGCGCGUGCUGUGCGUCCUCGGCGACGAAGCCCGGCGUCGGUUCUGUGUAUGAGUACAACUACUGCGCUUCCCUCGUUGUUGAUCUGCAACCUCAAGGUAGGGUACCUGUGGUAGCCGUACGCAUAAGACGACCACAGAACGAGGCGCCAGCACCGAUGAAAUUGCGCGUGGACGGGUGCCUCUGGGACCGGUCUCCACACGAUGGGAAGCGGCUCCCCUUCGGCGGCUGCCGCCUCUGGAAGCGCCUCGCGACGGAUACGAGAAUCCAGUUUAACGGAGACGGCUGGGCCUUACUGUCGCUGCCCGGCGGCGUCGCCAUAACGAAGUCCGCGCCGCCCUCUCAUUUUUUCGACGAACUGGCGACGUCGCCCGGAGUGGGCACCGCGCGCGGCCCCGGCCAGGCGGCGCCGCGCGCGGUCGCCGUGGACCUGGGCGACCACGUCUGGGCGCCGGAACCCGACGGCGUGAAACUGCGGCGCAUCAAGCUGACGCAAUCUCAUUUGCACGACAUGUCGCGGAUGAGUUCCGGUAGGGUCGUCUCGGCGACGUUCGCGCGCAAUGUCAGUGGAGACACCUUGCUCGGGCGCAGCCGGGGCGACUCGAGCGUGAUCAAUAUACGGAUGUAAUGUUUUAUGUACAC